GUGAGCUUGUAGUUGGUGUGUGGCGAGUGUGACCGGCUGGGUUGGAAUAAAAAUUAACAAAAGUGUUAGAAAAACCGCGUUAAAAAAUAGCAUGCGAAUGUUGCGACUCAAACAAGAGAUUAUGGACGAUGACGAGAAGGGCAAGCUCUUUGUUGGAGGAUUAUCCUGGGAGACGACGCAGGAUAACCUGCAGAGGUACUUCUCCCGCUACGGGGAGGUGAUCGAUUGCGUGGUGAUGAAAAACGCGGAGUCCGGCAGAUCGAGGGGAUUCGGAUUCGUCACGUUCGCCGAUCCCGCCAACGUGAACGUGGUUUUGCAGAACGGGCCCCACACGCUCGACGGCAGAACGAUCGAUCCGAAACCGUGCAAUCCGAGAACGUUGCAGAAGCCGAAGAAGGGCGGCGGAUAUCCGAAGGUGUUUUUGGGCGGUUUGCCGUCGAACGUGACCGAAACGGACCUGAGGAGUUUCUUCACGCGGUUCGGAAAAGUCAUGGAGGUUGUUAUUAUGUACGAUCAGGAGAAGAAGAAAUCUAGAGGAUUUGGAUUCUUAUCGUUCGAAGACGAAGAGGCAGUCGAUAGAUGCGUUUCUGAGCAUUUUGUUAAUUUAAAUGGCAAACAGGUCGAAAUAAAGAAAGCGGAGCCGCGCGACGGGUCCGGCGGCAACAAGAUGGGCGGCGAUCCGGCGUCGGCCUGGGGCCCGCCGCAGGCGCCGAUGGGCAUGAUGCAGGGCCCCAACGGGCAGAUGGGCGGGCCGCCGAUGAACUUGGGCGCGCCGAUGGGGCCGAACAUGAUGCAGAGCUACCAGGGCUGGGGCACGUCGCCGCAACAGCAGAGCUACGCCGGCUACGGCACGCCCUCCGGCCCCGGUUCCUACCAAGGAUGGGGAGCGCCGCCGGCGCCGCAGGGCCCGCCGCCCCAAUGGGGCAACAACUACGGCGGGCCGCCGCAGCAGCAGGGAUACGGCUCAUAUGGUUCCAAUGCAGGUAGCGGAGCGGCGAAUUGGAGUAGCUGGAGCAUGCCGCCUCAAAACAGCGCUUCGACCGGUCCCUCAGGUUACAUAGCUGGCGAUAUGUAUUCGAGGGGCCAGUCGGGCCCGGGUGGCCCGGGCACGCCGAGCGGCCCGCCCAACAUGUCCUCGUCGGGGACGAACAGCAAACCGGGCUCCGACUACAAUUACGCCGGCUACGGCUCGUAUUCGACGGAAGCGGGCUACGGCGCUCCGCCCCGGUCGUACGGCAGCGACGCCGGCUCGCAAAUUGGAGGAUACUCGUCGCAGCCGCCAAAUCCAGGAAGUUAUUCAGCCGCAGCUGGUGAUUACGUAAACGGACCCCAACGCGGUAGCGGUUACGGAGUUGUUCAAUCCUACCAUCCAUACAGACGUUAAAUUACCAGUAAACGACCCUUUCGACCGGCGAUUAUUAUUGAUUUUUUUUUUAAUUUUUUUUAUGUACCAAACUGUCUGCGUUAAGUCUGCUCUACACAAGAUAUAUUCAGGGAUUUGUCUAUUUUGCUAUUUAGUGUUUGUUUUCGAAUCGAUGAUAAAUUGGAAGCGCGCUCGUCCGAUCGGAUGCUGCUUUUUUUUCCUUUUCUCUGUCAAUCUGGUCGGAAAUUUCGAACCGAUUUGCUUCCUUUCGGGUUUUCCCCGACGGACGAACAGCCGGGAAAUUCGAUCGCUCGAACGCGCCAACGUUUCACCCGCAUUUUUGUCACCAAAUUCAACACUAAACGUUUCAGUACACUAAACUAAAGGAUCAUAAUGUGAUAUCGAAUGAAUACCUAAUUCCGAAUAAAUAGUAUUGUAUUGUAUUAAGGACAUCAAUUUUAUAUUGUAAUUUAGUUUGUGUUUAACUAAGGAUUUGAAAAUUUUGUAUCUAUUAGCUACAUAAAUUUAGUUAUAAGAAAAAUAAAAAGAUUAAUACCGA